AAAAUAGGUCAAAAAGAUAAAAUAAUAAAGAUGUUGAAGGAAAAAGCCAAAUCUAAGUACAAAGAUCACGAAGAGACUCUAGACCACCUUCUGGCUACACAGGAGUACAUCAUUGACUCUAGCAACUUCUUCAUUGACUCUUUGAAGCUGGAGAAGGAGCUCAAGCUUGAAGAAUCGAGGAGAUUGAUGGGGAAAUCAGCUAAAAUGAAAGAACUAGCGACUGAGGAGACCAAUGUUUGUUCAGAUUUUAUUAAGAUAAUACAGCUUUUUGCUAAUUGUUAUGAAUCUACAGGUAGGGAAGCCCUCAAAAACUAUACUAAGUUCCAGGAGAAUGCAAGUUACUAUGACCUUGAGACAUUGAGCCAAGGUAUAAAGGAAUCGAAGCACAAGACAAAGAAGGAAUCUAUUAUGGAUAAACUGGCUCCAUUGUCUAAAAUGCGAAAUUCCCGGUCCAAGAAACAGUACCAAUAUGAGACUGCUAUCCAAGCAGCCGAGGAGGCUCUGAAGAAGGCCCAUUCAGUACUUAAUGACCCUUCCAAGGCCUACGAGUACACUAAGAAAGAGGUCGCCCAAGAGAAGGCAGUAAAUGCACUUCGAAAUCUUGAUGAAGCAAAAAUAAAACUUAAGAACCACAUGGAGAUGCUCAAUGAGUACCAGAAGACCUGCAUCGAUAUCAUGAAGGACCUUAUGAUCAAAACUGACCAGUCUGUGGAUACCUACACCAGGAGUGUUUUGACCCUCUGGAUUCUUGAGCUGAACAACUAUGAAGACAACAUGAAUUCUGUGGAAAAUGUCUUGAUGAUUCCAGAGUUCAUGGAGUACAAUUCAACUCCAAUCGUGGAUAAGAAGAUGACAACCAGCUCUACCAAGCUCAAGCUGAUCAAGGAUCAUCUUGAGGACUCUGGUGAAAUCAACAUCGAUACUCUCAAGGAGUACAAGGAGUACAUUUUUACCUUUAUUAAGAAUGAGAAAGACGAAUUCGAACAGACGUACUAUCUAAUCCACCAAUUCAAGAUUUAUCUGCAGUUGCUCAUCUCAGUCAAGGAAGCUGCAAAUAAGAAGUUAGAGAAGCUGAUCAAAAAUGCUAAGAAGAAGGUUGGCUCAGGAAGUGCUAGUUAUUACAACUACGAGUUUCCAAUUGUUGAAAUUUGGGAACUUCUAUUGUACAAAUAUGGGAAGAUGAUCAAGAGCAAUGUUGCGUAUAUCAAGUUCUUAAAGGAACUGAAGCCAACUUGUGAGGAGAUCCUUAAAAACUUCCAGAUCAACUCAAAGUCGAACUACAAGACAGUCUGCAACCUCUACGAGACCGAGAACUUGUACUUGGAGUACGACGAUGACAUUGAUUAUGAGAAGGAAUGAAUGGUUAAGUUGUGUAACUCCUUGUUCAUAUUCAUGCAUGAAAGUUUCCCCAACUGCAAGACAUUCAUCAAAUCCAUACAUGAAUGUCUGUCUGAUUUAGUAGCAUACCAGGCAGUCACUAUUAAUCAAGAGAUGGAUAUCGUCAAGAAACAAAGAUGUUUCCUCCAGAAUUAUGAUGAAAAUACAAAGAAGUUCAGGACUCCGGAGGAAACUGUAGACUCGAAGGUCACUUCAAUCUCCUUCUUGGGUGAUUUCGAUCUCAUUCCGGAGUAUAUAGAGGAAGAAAGCAAGGCAAAGAGCGACGAAGAAGGCAGGCCAAAGAGCGAGGAGGUCAAAAUGCCUGCUUAUAAAGAGAAAGACCGGUCUCGUACGGAUUCAGACUAUGGUGAUGGUAUCUCUAAAAUAUCUGAUGACAACUCUAAUGGUAACAGUGAGUCAGGCACUGGUGCUGACAAGGACCAAUCCUCAGUCACAAUCUGCAAGAAAGAGGAAAUCUUGAAGAUGAAGGACAGGAUCAAGCCUUCACAGACUGUUAUUGAUGACUUGAAUAAAGAAUCAGCGUUAUACCAGAUCGUCGAGUUCUUCGAAAUCAAAAAUGAUUACAUCCAGGAAGAACGUAAGCAAUAUGAAGAAUCUUUGGCCAAACACUGAAAGGAUGAUGAUGCCAAGUGCAGUACAUUUGAGAAGCGGUUCGGCCUCGAAGAGGACGAGAAAAUGAUCGAUAGCUUCUCUUGUGCUCUGUACAAGAAGAUCAUCCUCCAUGGUCGCUUAUAUAUCACGAACAAGAGGCUAUGCUUCUUUUCGAUAUUUAAUAAUAAGCUUUUGUUUUUCGGGAAGGACACGAAAUUAACAAUUCCAUUUGAAGAUAUCAGAGGACUAGAGAAACGAAUCAACGCCUUGGUGUUUGAUAACUCUAUAGCUGUUCUCACCAAGAGUAAUAAGGAGCUGUUCUUCACUUCCUUCCUGCUAAGAGAUAAGGCCUUCAAGGUCAUCACUGAGACUAUAGGGAAAGAAUGAGAUUUAUGCAUAAAUGGACUGAAUCCAAAUUUCCAAAGAGCAUUUGUGUGUGUUGAAAAAGAGGAAAAUAAAGAUCUUGAAGAAGAGGAAGAAGAGAGCGAUGAAGAGGAGAAAGUUGCAGCCUUACCUCCUAAUGCUUCACUUCUCGAUAACUCCAUCAACUUUGAUGAGGUGUUCGAGAAUAAUAUGGCAAAUGUGCUUAAAUUAGAUUUAAAGUCAACAGAAAAUCGUAAAAUGCUUGAGGAAUUCUGAAAAGAAUGAGACUCUAAGAUUGAGUCUGUCGAUGAUGAGCUUGACCCAAAGUGUCAUAAAGAUUACGAGCUCAUCACUGAACAAGUGUUUGAAGACGUAUCGAUACAAUGCAUCUACAACAACAUCUUCGGGCCAAAAAGGUAUAAGGAUAAGGAAUAUGCCUUCUGGGCCCAUUUCCUUCAAGAAAUUGGCAAUACAGCAAUGACAAUCCCGACUGAUUUUGUCCCAGACCCUCCAACUUACUUCACUGAUGACUCGAAGAUAGUCGAGAAUUACUCAGUCGAGGAGCUUAAGGAGAUAUUUAGUGAGAUUGAGCAGUCAGUGUAUGCCAUGAAGUUCACACAUCCAUUGAAGCAGGCUCUGGGGCCAAAAGAGUGUUCUAUUCAGGAGAACCAGACGCAUUACUUUGUGUCCCCUAUAAAGUUCAUCAUAACUAAGAAAAUUGACCAGUCGGGCUUUCCCUUCUGCGACUGCUUCGUUCCAACCUAUCUGAUAUAAUUUGUGAACAGCUGUACGACAAGAGGAAGAACAGGUUGAGCGUCAACAUGAAAUACUAUCUGAGGGUAAACUUCCUCAAAAGUGUCAUGUUCUUCAAGAAGAAGAUCAUCACUGAAGCUAGGAAGGAGUCUAUUACGACUAUGAGGGAUGACCUAGCCACUAUGGCCAGGGCCCACUUGGCUCAGUUCCAGCCUCAGUUUGUCAGGCCACUUCCUAAGACGAAGAGGAAGUUGACCAAGAUCGGCAAGAUCAAGCUGCAGAUGGAAGAUCUUGAAGUUGAGCAUGAAGAGAGGAUGACUAGUCUGAAGAAGGAUUAUGAUGAUAAGAUUAAGAAUAGCGCUGAAGAGCUGGAGAAAGCUAAAGAAGAAUUUGAGCAGAUUAUGUUGAAGGUCAAGAUCGCAGCUGGAGUAGUGGGCUUGGUCUUGGUCCUGAUUUUGUUAUAUUUAAUGAUCUAGUGAGG